AUGGCGGCGGUGGUGAAGGUGCCCUGCCUCCAUAAUGAGAGCUGGGCCAUGCAUCCUGAGGCUGGGAGGCGGAUGAGCGAGAGUGGAACAGCCGCUCGUGCACCCUCCUCUCCAGCUGUGCAGAGCGUCAUUCACUGGCAUUUGGAAGGCACCAAGCUGCUGGAGCCAGCCGGUGGUGAACAGACGCUCACACGGAUUGGCGAUACCCCUAGGGCUCUCACAGCUCCUGAGCCUAUCAAGGCCAUUCCGUGGCCCGUGCUGCUGGCUAAGCUGACGAGCCAUUAUGCUCCAUCCCCGUCCAAGAUAGCCCGCCGGCACGCGUUUCACCAACGGAGCCAAGCUGAAGGAGAGUCUGUCAGCGCGUAUGUUGCUGCACUACGAUCGGCCAAAGCUAGAAGGGACUGCCAUGCCAUUCUCCGCAACUCUAACCACGGUCCUCUCUUGCCACCAUCUGCAAAGAAGAUCCAACUAAUGGUGACGUUAGAAGGGAAGCCCUGCGAGAUGGAGCUCGACACCGGUUCUGCAACAUCCAUAGUGUCUUGGAGCACAAUCAAACGCCUCUUGCCUCAGCUGUCCAAACGCCAAUUACAAGACUGUCAUCUCACACUAAGAGACUAUCAGGGCAACCUGAUUCCAGUAAUUGGCACCCGUAAAGUCAGAGUGCAGUUCAAGGGGUUUGACGGCCGGUUACCUCUCAUCAUAGUCGAGGGACGGCUGCCCAGCCUUCUAGGUCUUGACUGGUUCCAGUCCCUAGGUCUGCAGGUCAGCGGAAUCCACCACCUCGGCGCAACUGCACUCGAUUGCCUGGUCAACGAGUUUCCAGCUGUAUUCGAUGGCACCUUAGGCAAGUAUACAGGCACACCUGUUUCUUUUAACCUCGACCCGUCAGUACAGCCGGUGCGAAUGAAGCCACGCCGAGUCCCCAUUGCACUCAAGCCGAAGGUGGACGCCAAGCUGGACAAACUCGUAGCUCAAGGCGUCCUCGAGCCAGUGGAUCAUGCACGAUGGGAAACACCCAUCGUGCUACCGAUUAAGCCGGAUGGCAGCGUGAGGAUCUGCGCAGACUACCGCUGCUCAAUCAACCGUGCCCUGCCUUCCAACGCGUACCCAGUGCCAGUGGUCCAGCACCUCCUACACACUCUGGGCGAGGGGUCUAUUUUUGCAAAACUUGACCUUGCACAAGCGUAUCAACAACUGGUGGUGGACGAUGAAGCAGCUGAGGCACAGACAAUCAUCACGCACCGGGGCGCAUUCCGUUGCCGCAGAUUGCAGUUUGGGGUGAGCAUCACCCCUGGACUUUUUCAAAGUUUGAUGGAGCGGUUGCUCCAAGGACUCCGAGGCGUCGUCCCCUAUUUUGACGACGUCCUCGUAUCUGCAACAUCCUUAGAAGAACUCAUGGCCAGAUUGCAGGCGGUUCUGCAGAAAUUUCAACAAGUGGGACUCAAAGUCAAAAGAGACAAGUGCCAGGUUGCGGUGUCCCAGAUAGAGUUCCUUGGGUUCCUCAUUGAUGGCAGUGGCAUCCACCCCACUGCUGCCAAGACCAAAGCCAUCAUUGAGGCCCCUGCACCUACUAAUAGAGCUGAACUACAGGCCUUUUUAGGCCUACUCAAUUUCUAUGUGGUCUUCCUGCCGCAUAAAGCCUCUGUCGCUGAGCCACUUCACCGUCUCCUAGACUCGGGGGCUGCCUGGGUCUGGGGCCGGCGGGAAGCUUCCACAUUCAUAGCUGUUAAACACCUCCUGAUCUCCAACGACGUCCUCGUCCAAUACAGCGAGCACUUGCCUUUAGUGCUCGUCUGCGACGCUUCACCCUACGGGGUGGGUGCCGUCCUUUCCCACCAGUUGCCUAGUGGGGCAGAGGUGCCUGUUGCCUAUUUUUCCCGCACUCUCUCUGCCUCCGAACGCAACUACGCACAAAUUGAUAAAGAGGCCCUAGCUAUUGUGGCCGGGGUGCGGCGUUUCCAUCACUAUUUGUACGGCCGCCCCUUCCAAAUUGUCACUGACCACAAGCCUUUGCUGGGGUUACUCGCCGGCGACCGCCCUGCCCCGCAGGUGCUGUCUCCCCGAAUGACGCGUUGGUCGGUGUUCCUCGCCUCCUACGACUACCUGCUCCUGCACCGACCGGGGAAGCAGAUCGCUCAUGCCGAUGCCCUCAGCCGUUGCCCCUUGCCGGACGCUCCUGAAGACCCUGCUGCUGCCGCCCCCGUCUUCCUCAUUGACGACCUCAACCUUCCAAUUUCUGCCGCCGACAUCGCCCGGUUGUCCGCAAGGGAUCAGGUAAUAUCCCGGGCACUAGAUUGGGUUAGGCGAGGGUGGCCCAAGGACCCCGUAGAUCCCAUUUUUCUUCCCUUCAAAUCAUGGCUGCCGGAACUCUCCGUCCAGUGCGGCUGUUUGCUGUGGGGCCACCGCGUCGUGGUGCCUGCCCCACUGAGGACUACCGUCCUGCAACAGCUUCACCUAGCACACCCCGGCAUUGUCCAAAUGAAAGCCCUGGGCAGAAGCUAUGUCUGGUGGCCUAAGUUGGACCAGGACAUAGCAGCCCAUGUUGCCGGAUGCCCGAAAUGCCAGGGCGCCCAAGCUUUGCCUCCCAAAGCCGAGCCCCGGACGUGGGAGCCACCAUCCUCCCCCUGGUCUCGAAUCCACAUUGAUUUUGCGGGCCCUAUUCAGGGCCGCAUGCUCUUGAUUGUUGUGGAUGCCUUCUCGAAGUGGUCGAGGCCAUCCACAUGUCCUCCACCACGGCGGACGCGCUUAUCGCCACCCUCCGCCACGUAUUUGCCACCCAUGGGUUACCCGACGUGCUGGUGUCCGAUAACGGACCACAACUAA